AUGAAUUAUGUAAUUGCCAAUCCUGAAAAAUCAUCCCAAAUUUUUGAGGAAAAAGAUAUUGAUAAAACUAAUAUUAAGUUUAAUGACCCUAAUAAUACAACUGAAAAUAAUGAUAAUCACGAAAUACAUGACUUUUGCCUUGACAAAUUUGCAAUAAAUUAUGUAAAGAAAUAUGUAAUUUCAAUGGUUACUAAUUUUAAAAGAGAAGAAGUACAUGUGGAUUGGUUUGGAUUUGACAUUAAUAUACAAUCAGAGGUAGAAUCAAUUUGGAUCUCAUCAGCAGAUGAUAAUAAAAACACUGAUUAUGAGUUAAAUGAUAUUGGUGGAAAUAUAGAGAAUUAA